AUGUAUUACUCGGGGUGGUGGCACUUGGAAGCUUGGACUGAUAGUCGCAGGGAGACUCGGUUCAUCCCUUCACUCAAUCACUCCAACAUUCCUCGGCGUUGGAAAGGUCCUUUCAAAUUUCACCUCAAAGCUCCUGUUACGUAUGCACCAUAUCAGAUUAUCAUCAUUGCGGAAAGCGCUUUUGAAGAUCCUUCACAAUCAUCGUUUCGUUGUGGUGUAUCAGCUUUCGACUGUACUCUUGAGAAUAUGUCAUUCGCUCGCCAAUCGUACGACAUCUAA